UUGUUGUUGGUUGCUGAGAAAGCCGCCUCAACGUCGCCAGCCGUCGCCUGUUUGAUCUCUCGCUGAGGGGCAUUUCUCGCUCUCGGACGGACGCGUUUUCCCACGAAAACACCGACUGGGGAUUGGGGACGACCCGACAGGAACAACGACGGAAACGGGAGAGCCAAGCCUCGCAUAUCGUUGACGGCGCUGAGGGAGGCGAGCAUUCGAGGGAAGGGAACCAAGUCAGGAAAGGUGCUCCCCGCCUCCUAGCUCGAAAAAAGCAGGUCAUCCUCCCAGAUCGCCUUCGGACUUGUAAAACGAUAUGAUGUCCUCCUCAACAGCACCACCAGCGCCGCAGCGAACACCGUCUCCAUGCAAUGGACCUGCCAACACGCGGCCGCCACCUACCUCGGCGCGACCCCGGCCAUGGACCAUGCCUCGCGGUCCGGCCGUUGAGCAGCCGAAGGAGACAUUCGGAGAGUGGAUAGCUGCGAGACACGCCAAGGCGAGAAGACCAAAGAGCCCACCGCCAACGGCACAUGAGAUAACACGGGGAUUCCAGAUGAAUACGGAGGCCGACUUAGAGGAUCGCAGUGACGCAUCGCCGCCGCGCCAACAGUAUCGGAGAAGCACUAUUGCCGCGCUGAUGCCAAAUACACAACCACCCAAAAUAGAAGCGCAGGCGAGCCCACCGCUGAGAUCCCAGACCGACGUAGGUCGGCCAACACCCUCGCGACCCGAUGAAGCCGCCGCCGUUACAAAUCCGUCAACGCCGUUCGUGCUCGCGCCAGAAUCCCCGCUUAUCCAGCUCUCCACGUCCCGCUCCAAUGUAAAUGCAGCGAAUGAACAAGUGUCGUCCAAUGCCCCUCGAUCCGGACCGAGAUUUGCACAGAGGGUCGGCAACGAAGUGUCGUCUCCGUUCUUGGAUGCCCCUCGAUCGGGAUCGAGGUUUGCACAGAGGGUCGCCAAUGAAGUCGCGUCUCCUUUCGUGGACGCCCUCCGGUCGGGAUCGAGGUUUGCACCGAGGGUCGACCAGAUGAUCGCGCCUUCAGCUGAAAUAUUGGCAUCCGUUAAUGCCCUCGACGUCGAUGAUGGCGGAAACAGUGGAAGGCCAGAGACGCCGCCCUCUCCAACGCCAUUGCGGCAACAUGCUUCCCCAGCGCAACCUCAUUCACUAAAUCCGGAGACGAACAAAUCGGAGACAACAAACUCGAACACUGCAAACGUGGAGCCGGUCCCCGCUACCUAUGAGGAGGCAUUACAAAAGAUUCGGAAGCAACAACGAAAGAUACUGAACUUAGAGGCUAGUCGGUCAAGGGUGGCUAGAUACGUGAAGGCAAAGGAAGAGGAAGCGGAGAAAAUCGAACACUUUGCCAACUUGGAACGUUCAUGGGCAGCGCAGGAUGCUGACGAAGACUGGCGGAUGAUCGAGGAACUGAAGGCGGAGAAGAGCGCUAUGCAGCAGGAGCUGGAUGCAUUGAAAGAGGCGCACAAGAGUCUGGAGGAGAUGUACCUCGCCAAGUCUAGUCAUGAGGAAAACGGGCCCGUUGUUGGGACGGGGGUUACGGUCGCCUCGCAGACCAUGUACGAAGGCCACCAGGAAACUGAAUUGAAACAACACGGCGAAAAAGACAUUGUUGCGGAAAACAUUCAUCUGAAGAACGAGCUGGCCUCUCUCGAAGACAAAUACCAAACGGUCCUCCAAUCCGAACGCGAAAGCCUAGCCCGCAUCCUAUCCCUAACCGAAGAACGAGCCCAAUCCGACCAAACCCUCUCCGCAGUCCAACAUUCCCUCACCGCCCUCCAACAAUUACACACCGAUCUCCAACAUCAACACAGCACCCUUCUCCAAUCCCACACCACCCUCCAAGACCACCACACCGCCCUCCUCCAAACUCACGCCGACCUCAUCCUCAUCAAAGACGCGCUCCUCCUCGACCGCGACACCCUGCGCGCGCAGCAGGACCGCGAACUGGAAGGCUGGCGGUCGAGUCUGGGCGGAUUGCAGAAACGGAUUAUGGGACAGCAGGAGGAGAUUGAGGAGCUGAGGAAGGGGUAUGAUGAGAGUAUUGAGAUGUCGAUGAGGGAGUUGAUGGGUGUGGAAGAUGAGAAGGAGAGCGCGAUGGUGGGAGGGGAUGUGUUGGGUCACUUGCAGGAUGAGGGUGAACCCAAGAGUAUCUCCAAAGAGGCCUCCCCACCCCACGAGCCAACCGACCUCACCCACCCACUCCGCAGCGAACUGACAACCCUCCGCCAACACCUAACAACAACCACUGAACAACUCACCCACCUCCAAACCGAAAACGCCGACCUACACUUCGUCCAAGCCACCCAACGCGACAGCAUCGACUCCCUCACCGAAAAACUCGCCCACGCGUCCAGCGAACAGACCCGACUCCGUGCCCAACGCGAUCAUUUCCGUGAAGAGGUCAGCUGUUACAAGACCCAUCUGGUGGAAGCUGUCAAGAGGGUCGAUAGAUUGGCUGCGGAGAUUGACGAGUUGCGCGGUGGGGGGAACAAAAGCGCGGUGGAUGAGGAGGACCUGAGACGCCGUGAAGCCAUGUGGACGCGUGAACGAUCGGUGCUCGCGGACGAGAACAAAGGGUUAAGGACGCAGGUGGACACGCUCAGAUCACAAGUGGAGAGAUGCGAGGGCGAGCUACGGGGGUUCAGGGCCAGGGUGAGGAAUGGAGGUGGGCGGGGGACGGGGAGAGGGAAUAGUGGUGCUGCAGUUGUCGGUGAGCAGGAUCGGAGGAUGCGGAUGAGUUUGCCUCUGGGGGUUUUGCAGGGCCGGGGAGGGGAUCUGGGUGGGAUGCGUGGUGGGGAUGAGAGAGGUGCUGCUGGACAUAUUGGAGAUGUGUGAGGGAUUUGGGGCGUGCGUUCCACACAUAUACAUGGCACGACCACCUUAUCAGGUAUCGUCAUCCGUCCCCCACCCCAAACGAAGUGGGGCUAGAGUACAACAUAAUGUAAAGCGUAUACGUACAAUACAUACAAUAUAUCGAAAGACUCUGCGCG